AUGGACGAAACCGGAGCAGCCGACCGCAUCAGCUCUCUACCGGACGAUCUGCUCCACCUGGUCCUCCUCCGCCUCCGCUGCGCCCGCGCGGCUGCGUGCACCAGCGUCCUCUCCCGUCAGUGGCGCCGCGUCUGCUCCAGCCUCCCCGUGGUCGACGUCACCCUCAACGACGUCCCGCUUGACUCGCUCGAGGACGUGCUUCGCGGCGCUGCCGGGCAAGGGGUGCGCCUCCUCGACAUCCGUGUCCCGGAGGAGGCCAGCAGGCUGUGCGCCGACAGCGUCUCCUCCGUGCUCUGUGCUGCCGCGGCGCUCGCGCCCGUGGAGCUCCGCUUCACCCUCACCCAAUGGACGCGGGGUCCUUCCCACGUAAAGCUGCCCCGUUUUCACCGCGCCACCUCGAUCGAGCUGCAUGGGGUGUCGCUGGACCUCGAGGUAGCCCACUCAGGGUUCCCGUUGCUCGAGAGACUGACCCUCUCCGGCUGCCACCUCGACCUCGCCGCCUUGAUCCCGUGCUGCCCGCACCUGCGCGUGCUCACGAUGGACGCCUUCACCGUCCACUCGGCGUCGCUGCAAGAGGUCCUCGUGGAGCGCCGGAAGCCGCUUCAAGGCCGUGUAAAUGCAAGGUUGCUUAAGCAAUUGACUACACGGUCCCUUGAUGACAAGUUUGGGAGCACCAUCUUGGCACCAAUGGUGGAGAAGGUCUCCUUGAGGUGCACGUACCCCAACUUGUUUACCCAUGGCCAUGCGCUUGGUCUUUGGCACCUGGACCUCCUGGAGGUGGGCUUAGAGUCGCCGGAGAGACACGGAGCGGCGGUGCUCACUCAGGUCGAGGUCUUGUCCCUGCACAUGUCUCCCAAAGAUUCAAAAUUUUCUCUAUUAGAUGCAGAGCGCCGCUUUGCCACAGAGAUAUUUAGCCAUAUGGGCACCCACUUCUCUGCUUUGAAUCUACAUCUCACAACAAGAGGGCACGUGGUUGGCGCAUUUGUGUUGCGUCUCCUUGGCAUACAUUAUCAUGGUCUUCGUCUUGCAGAUAUACGAAACCUUAAGAUCGUCCUACUGAGAUCGGAGGUGAAAGAAUCGUGCCCACUUAAUUGUCCUUGUGAUGACCCAAAGGGCUGGAAAACCCAAAUUGUCUCCUUGAAUAAUCUUGAAAAGGUUGAAAUCGAAGGUUUUGAAGGGGAGGAUCAUGAGCUUGACUUAUUGAGAGUGCUAUUUAGAUGUGCGCCGAUGCUUAAAAGUGUGACAGUGAGGCUGCUAGAGCAGGACAUGCCAGGUGAUGAUUGGUGCACAAAAGUAAACAUCAUCUUCCGGGAGUAUCCAUAUGUGGAAGGCAACAUUGAUCUUAUUUCUGGUUAG